UUGCAACAGUUGGUUCGUGGAAGCAAAUGAAAGACAACUCUCUCUCUUUCUCUCGUCUCUCUCUACAAAAAGUUAAUCACUCCGCGUGAACAAAAUCGCAAGAGAAAAUGACCCCAAUUUGCUGCUUUUUUUGCAGGAGUCGACAAACGCACGCUGUGUCGGUUUCCCCCUUGUAUGGCUUAGCUCUUUUGUGCUGAUUUGUUUGUUUGGUGGGGUAGUUUACCCAAGUUUUUUGACGGAGUUUUCAUACUUUGAUGCUCAUGAAUGUUCCUUCAAUGUUGACAUUUAUUAUUAUUAUUAUUUUUUUGUUUUACUGAUGCUGAUGGAUUGAGUGGAGCAAAGAUCCAUGUGGUAAACGCCUUUCUUUUUGUUUCUUUUGACUACAAUUUGAAGAAGCGGUAGAGGAUUUGGUGAAUAACCCACAAGCAUAUCUUGAUGAUUGGGUAUUCAAUUUUCUGAUUUUAGUUGUGUGGUACAGUAGGGCAUAACCUAUAUAAAACUCAGAAUUUGUUGUUCAAAAAAGUUCAUAAAUUGAUUCAUAAACAGGGUUUGAAGUUUAGGCCUACAAUUUUCUAGCUUAGAGAAAACACCCACGAGGUUUUUGUGUGAGGGCAUUAGUUGGGUUGGAUUGCUUUGUCAAUAGUUGAAGUUGAUUGUAAUUGGAGAAGAUGGUUGAGAGUACUAAGGGGAUGGCGGAAAAUGUGUACCCAAAUGGGUUAAUUCACAACUCAAAUGGGUCAACAGAAGAGAAGGUUGAUGAGCUUCGUCGCCUUUUAGGGAAAGCUGAUGGUGAUACUUUGAGGAUUGUCGCAGUUGGGGCAGGUGCUUGGGGUAGUGUUUUUGCUGCAAUGUUGCAGGACAGCUAUGGUCACCUUCGAGACCAGGUUCAGAUUAGGAUAUGGAGAAGACCUGGAAGAUCUGUUGAUAGAGGGACAGCCGAGCACCUAUUUGAGGUGAUAAACUCAAGGGAAGAUGUGUUGAGGAGACUGAUUAGGCGCUGUGCAUAUUUGAAGUAUGUGGAGGCAAGAUUAGGUGACCGUACCCUAUAUGCAGAUGAGAUUUUGAAAGAUGGGUUUUGCUUGAAUAUGAUUGACACACCACUUUGCCCUUUAAAGGUUGUCACCAACUUGCAGGAGGCUGUGUGGGAUGCUGAUAUUGUGGUGAAUGGCUUGCCAUCAACAGAAAUCCGUGGGGUAUUUGAAGAAAUUAAUAGGUAUUGGAAGGAAAGAAUUACAGUGCCAAUAAUCAUUUCACUGGCAAAAGGUAUAGAGGCCGAAUUGGAGCCUGAACCACGUAUUGUAACUCCAACUCAAAUGAUCAACCGGGCAACUGGAGUUCCCAUGGAGAAUAUUCUCUAUCUCGGGGGACCAAAUAUUGCAUCAGAGAUUUACAACAAGGAAUAUGCUAAUGCUCGGAUAUGCGGAGCUGAAAAGUGGAGAAAACCACUAGCAAGGUUCCUGAGGCAGCCCCAUUUUGUCGUGUGGGAUAAUGGUGAUCUUUUCACUCAUGAAAUUAUGGGUGGCUUAAAGAAUGUCUAUGCCAUUGGAGCUGGUAUGGUAGCAGCUCUGACUAAUGAGAGUGCCACCAGCAAAUCUGUAUACUUUGCACACUGUACAUCAGAGAUGAUAUUUAUUACUCAUCUCUUGUCCAAAGAACCAGAGAAGCUUGCAGGUCCCUUGUUGGCUGACACUUACGUAACCUUGUUGAAAGGUCGUAAUGCAUGGUACGGCCAGCAGUUGGCUAAAGGGGAAUUGAGCCUUGACAUGGGUGACAGCAUCAAGGGAAAGGGGAUGAUUCAGGGUGUCUCUGCUGUGAAAGCUUUUUAUGAACUGCUGAGUCAGUCCCAUUUAAGCAUCCUACAUCCAGAAGAAAACAAGCCUGUUGCUCCAGUUGAGCUUUGCCCCAUCUUGAAGACACUAUAUAAAAUGCUAAUUACGAGGGAGCUUUCUUUACAGGCCAUCCUUCAAGCACUGAGGGAUGAAAACAUGAAUGAUCCACGAGAACGCAUUGAAAUAGCACAAAGUCAUGUUUUCUACAGACCUUCACUUCUUGGGCAGGAGCCUUAGAUGACAGAUAUGCCUCUAUUGACUGCAACCUUUGUAAUUCACUGCGGAUGAAUGAGAACUUAUUUGAGCCGUCAUCUUGGAAGGAUCUGUGGUAGAAUGCUCUGAAGGAGUUACCAUGUUGGACAAAAGUUGUGUUGCACUAUAUAACUAAAAAAUGUUUGCUUGUUUGUUCGUUCUCAAUUACUGGUUGAAGAUCUGCUAGUAAGAUUGAAAAUUUUGGAAGCAAACUUGUUCUUGGUGAUUGUGUACACGCUUGUGUUACAUGUUUCAUGUUG